UCGAAAUACAGGCGAAAAACAGGGGAAGCGAGCGUCGUGAGUAAAAAUAUCUCAACCCUGCUCGAUGUGGACAAAGGACUGGUCGGACGGUCGGACCCAGGCAAUUUUUAGCCAGCUUUCGAGGCAUGAAUUUCGUAACCUCGCUACACUUAAAACUACAGAUCGUUAAUAAAUGGAGUUUUGAUCAGCUUUAAUCUAGUUUUCUUAUACUAUGUAUAAUCCUACGUCAUGCAUUGUCCUUUCGGUCCAUGGUAGGGAAGGAUGAGGCACGAGGAAUGUUAUUAGUAGAUUUUUUAGGCGGAUUUCAUGCAUGUAUAGAAAAAUCAGACUUGUGGAAAAUAGAAACGCUGCGUGUAUGAUGCACAUAAACAACUGCAACUAUACAUAAAAUAUCAACAACUGAAUUCAUAUUGCAAUACUUAAAAAAGGAAUGUUUAUCUAAAACACACUUUCUAAACGGACACCAGAGUCGACUGGAUAACAUAAACGAAAGUUGACGGGAACAACAAGAAGCUUGAACCCACGAGCCCACGAGGGGGUUAUAUGUAAUGGAUCUGGUUCUCGUCUGGUUCCAUUGAGACCAUUGAGACCUAUAUCCACAUCCACCCUAUCCACACAUAGAUGCGUGGAUGCAGAUAUGUAAUUUGUAAUACACCACGCAACCUAUGCAUACGCAGUGUUCACGGUGUUCACACGACCCACGUCAAUUGUCUCGAUCUUAUUUAAUUAUUCUCGUUACUUUACAUUAUAUUUAUCAAAAAUAAUCAAAAGUGUAAAUCUACUACUUAAUUAUCGAGCGAUAAUUGAGAUGAAUAUUUUUCUAACAUACGCUUGAAUUUCAAAUUCAUAAAUACAAAAUAUAUAAAAAAAGGAACAUUUAAUAAGACAACGUAAGACAGUAGAAGAUCUUACUCCUGAAUAAACUGUAAAAAUGUCAUCUAAAUUAAUAAAUAUAACUUGAAAUUUUAUUCACAAUAGUCAAAUGACACUAAAAGUACCUACAAUUUAGAAAUCAAUUUUCAUUCUACCAUUGCGUGAAAGAAUAUGUCAUGUUGUAAAAGAAAGGAAGAAUUUGAAUUAUACUUCGACAAUCAUUGUGCGGAAGAUGACGAUAAUUGCAAAAAGUGCUCCGUAGAUGAGACACCUUAUUGUUUGUGUCGAUCUGUCGGAGGAUAUCCUAAUCCCACAAAUUGUAAUACUGCUCGACCUCCUCCCACUGUAACAAUAAACUUAGAACCUUGUCAAUGUGCUGAAGAAAUAGAAUGGAACUGUUACACACCACCCAAGCCAAGUUGUAAAUGGUUGAACAAUUUUUGUGAAUUACGCCGCCAGUGGAGUAAUCAUGCACGCCAGCAGAAUUGUAAAUGUUGCAACUGUAAACCACGGAUUAACAUGACACAUAGUGUGAUGAAUAUACUAAAUAUUGACAAUGCAAUAAGAAGUGCAUCACACACGUGUAAAUGCAAAUAUAACAAUGGAAUGAAAAAGGAAAUGACAUACUACUGUAGUUUCAUUUAUUAUAUUGGAAGUAUUGGUUAUACAAGUCUGGUACCUGGUCCAUUGGCAAUGGUUUCAUUUAUACUACUGAUUUUACUUACCAUUGGAUUAUCCUCUAGCUUAACUAUUUAUAAACAUUUAUAUUUUAAGACAUGUUUAAAACACUGUGACUAAAAAUUUGUAGAUGAAACCAACUUAUGCAUCCAUGUAAUAAGCAUUAUGUAUAA